CCGCUUGAAGGGUUUGUUGCGAGGACAUGGUAUUUACUCGCUUGCCUUCGUCGUUGCUUCGGCGCAUCCAUUCUCAGACCUUCCUUUGCCCAUGUGACGUCAUGGCUCGUUGGUGCGUGGCAUUCCGUUACAAAGCAUCCCUCCGAACGCCGCAAUUCCUUUGUGCCACUUUCAGUCUACCCCACAGUGUCGCCCUCAAUCGAUUGUUUUAAAGGGGGGACGGGAACCCACUUUGGCUUGUCCUCGAGCCAUCGAUAUGGACAGUGGUUGUUGAUUUAUGUAGUGCUGUGUCGUUGCUUGCGGAACCGCGCGGGACUGGUUGUGUGCACCGCGGUUGCGUUAUUUUGUGUGUAUUGGUUCAUUCAAGUGGAUUCGAGUUGGGGAUGAGUCGGUUUCGCUAUCAAUACCGGAAUUUAGGUUUUUGAAUCUACAUUUUGCUGGCUGUGUUUUUGCUUGCGGAGUUUAGAGAAGAGAAAGUGAGGUGAGUGAUGAGCAUUGUUGAUGGGAGGUGAACGUGUCGCGCAGAAUCUUAAAUUGGAAGGCUUGUUUCGAAUUUACCGCUCGGCAGAAUUUCGCAAUCGGUGUAGAUGUAAACGUGAUAAGAACAUCGUUGGCGGUGCUGAGAGUUGGUAGGGAAUAGGGUUCCAAUAUGUCUUACCCGAACUACAUGUCCCCCGAAAUGGGGAGAUUCGAGAAGUGGGCGCUGCUGCUUAGGGAGGAAUCCGAAGAGCACACACUAGCCUUUGUGGCAACGAUUCUUUUCGUCGCAGUGAACGCUUUGAUCUUCAUCUGGUGGCAUCAUCCUUUAUACGGGAAAAACAUUGGGCCUAGAGUCUAUCCUUUUGUGGGUUCGCUGCCGAGCGCUAUCCAGCAUGCUCACCGGUUGCUUGAUUUCUCAGUCGAAACUUUGCGUAAAUCUCCGACACUGACAAUUAGGUAUGUGCAGUCAGGCUAUACUGCGUACAGCACCGCGAAUGUAGAAAAUGUUGAGUACGUGCUGAAGACGAAGUUCGAUAAUUUCGUCAAGGGCGAAAGGAUGGGGGAUGUGCUGUUUGAUCUUUUAGGGAGGGGUAUCUUCAACGCCGACGGUAAUUUAUGGAAAUUACAGCGGAAGCUUGCAAGCCAUGAGUUUAGUUCCCGGUCCUUGCGAGAAUUUGGUGUCGAGUGUGUGCAGAAAGAGCUACAGAAUCGCUUGGUUCCCGUUCUCUCCCAAUUCAGUGAAAAUGGGAAUGUCGUGGAUUUGCAGGACCUCUUGAUGAGGUUUUCUUUCGACAAUAUAUGUCAAUUGGGCUUUGGUGUGGACCCAAAUUGCCUGGAGCCUUCCCUCCCGCCCGUGAAAUUUGCGGAGGCUUUCGACAAGGCCAACGAGUGCACGUUGCUUAGAUUCCGAACGUUUCCAAUCAUGCUGAGGCUCUACAAGUUCUUCAAUAUCGGCAUUGAGAGAGGGUUGAAAGAGUCAAUGGCGGUGGUCCACAAUUUUGCACAGGAAGUAAUUGAGGCACGGCGGAAGGAAUUCAACGAGAACCACGGGGACAUAGGUCACGCUCGUCAAGAUCUUCUAUCCAGGUUCAUGCUCUUCACAGACUCGUCAAACAGUGAAGUGUUGGUGCAAUCUGAUCUCGAGCGGAAAUGCAUCAGUGAUUUGAACUUAGAUGCGAGCGAUGCAAAGGAGAAGCAGAAGGCCUCUGAUAUCUUCCUGCGAGACAUGGUGAUAAGUUUUGUCCUGGCUGGUCGUGACACGACUUCCUUAGGGCUGAGCUGGUUUUUCUACGCCCUAGGUCACAAUCCUCACGUAGAAGCUAAGAUUUACGACGAAAUCAAAGAGCAACUGCAAUUACAAGCGCAGGAAGAUGAUUCUCUACCAUCUUCCCGACCUCCGGGCCAAUUAUUUACCUUCGAACAAUUGAAGAAAUUGCACUACUUGCAUGCUGCAUUACACGAAUCCCUCCGCCUUUUCCCGCCUGUACCAUGGGAUUCAAAGCAUGCGGUCCGAGACGACGUCUUACCUGAUGGCACCGUCAUACUCAAAGGUGAGCGCGUCACUUUCAAUAUUUACGCCAUGGCUCGAAUGGAAGCCAACUGGGGCCCUGACUGCAAUGAGUUCAAGCCUGAGAGAUGGUUGAAGGAUGGAGUCUUUGUACCUGAGAGUCCUUUCAAGUUUGCAACCUUCCAGGCUGGUCCUCGCAUAUGCCUCGGCAAGGAAAUGGCCCUUAUCCAAAUGAAGCUGGUUGCGUCGAGUUUGGUAUACUGCUUCAAGUUUACUCUGCUCGAGGAUCCUCCUAGAACAUGUCUUUCGUUUGUCUUUAAAAUGUUGAAUGGGUUUCCAGUGAUUGUACACAAGCGAGCUGUGUCGACGUGAGCUAUGUGGGUUUGAUUUGCGCGAACCCAUGUAUAUCUGCAGUUAGAAUGUCUACGGUAGUUCUUCAGUGAUGUCUCCGAAUCUUUGAAUAUAGUAAGAUGGUGCUGAACUACCUUGCGUCUUCUUUGGGAGCCUCUGCAUAAUCAUUUCAUCCCUUCUGAUCUAUCCAGCAAACUGGAACAAACUUGUCCGGAAGUUUAGAUUUGUGAACUAUGUUGUCUGUACUCAUGCUCCCAUACAUAGAUCUAGUAUCGUUACUUAGCAUAAGCUUCAUUUCUACCGAAGUAUUGGAGAUGUCCCACUUCCAUUAUUUUUAUAAUCCACAAAGCAGACCUCUUCCUCUUGAUUCAGAAUC